UGCUGUGAGGCCAUCUGAAAGGAGAGCAAGUCAAAAAAAGACAGGAGACCGGGUAGUCCACCGCCGCCCCUGACCACACUCUCCCCGAUCCGAUCCGCCGGCGAUGGCCGCCCCUCACCGUGCUUUCCCCGAUCCGCCGCCGAUGGCCGCCUUCCGCUCCGGCCGACACGCUGCCCACCUCCGCCUGGCCGUACCACCGCGGCUGGCCGCCCACCCCUCCUUCCGCUUCCCCACCACGCCGCUCCCCACCCCAUCCAAGACGCGCCUCCCCGCCGCCGGCGCCGUUUCUCCCUACGCCGCCGCGCUCCUGCGCAUCCUCGCGCUCCACUCCCUCUUCCUUCUCGCGCCCGCCGCCCGAGCGCUCCCCUCCCUGCCCCACCUCUUCCUGCUUCCGCCGCUCCUCGCCAUCAUCUCCGCCGUCGCCAUCCUCCUCAUCCCCUCCAAGAGCCAGCCCCACCCCUUCCCGGCGCUCCGCCACCUCUUCCGUCCCGCCCUCCUCCUAGCGGCGUCCCUUCUCCUCCGGCUCGCCUCCCUCCACCUCAUCACCGACCCCGGUCUCAUCGUCCUCGCAGAUUCCGCCGGUGCACUGCUCGCCCGCGCCCUCAACCGUCCCUCCCGCCGCCGCGUGAUCUCCGUCGCUGCCGCCUCCGUUUCGCUCGCGGCCGCAUCGCCUUCCCACUCCGUGCUUCUUCUCGCGCUCCCCUUUGCUUCCGGCCUCCUCUCCUCGGUCGAGCACUCUGUAUCUGCGCGACAUGUCACCCGCAGCCGCCACGCCCGUGCGGCCGUUUUUGCCCUCGCCGCCACCUUCCUCUCGGCGCCGGCACUUGCGGGCCUCUUCUUUCUUGGUGGCACUGACACCAGCGAUGGUGUCCCGAUUGGCCAGCUCUGGUGGCUGCUCCUUAAUGCCGCUGUCUUUGGCAUGGCCUUGGGGCGACGGCAAGCCUACGACAGCAGUAGCAGUAGCAGCAGACCAAGCAUGAAUUUUGCGAUGACCUUUGUGUGCACUAUUGUUCUGGAGCUGGUGUACUACCCAAAGCUGUCGUUGCCGGGCUUCUUAGUUUGUGGGUUCAUCUUGUGGAUCGCCAGCAGGGAGCUGACUCCUUCAGGAUAUGUUGAGCUUGGGAGCACUGACGAGUCGGUGUAUGAGGCUGUCAUGGGGCCAGUCCGGCAUAUCCUUAGUGAACGCAAGUCCAGGAAGAUUGCUGCUUUUCUGUUGAUCAACACAGCUUACAUGUUUGUUGAGUUUGCCAGCGGUUUCAUGAGUGAUAGCCUUGGGCUGCUCUCUGACGCUUGCCAUAUGUUGUUUGAUUGUGCUGCUCUGGCAAUUGGACUAUAUGCGUCGUACAUUGCGAGGCUGCCUGCAAAUGGAUUGUAUAACUAUGGAAGGGGCAGGUUCGAGGUGCUAUCUGGGUAUGUUAAUGCAGUGUUCUUGGUGCUUGUUGGCGCCCUGAUUGUGUUGGAGUCGUUUGAGAGGAUACUCGAGCCUCGGGAGAUAUCAACAAGUAGCCUUUUGGCAGUUUCUGUUGGUGGACUUUUCGUAAAUAUCAUUGGAUUGGUUUUCUUUCAUGAGGAGCACCAUCAUGCGCAUGGCGGUAGCUGCUCUCACUCCCAUUCACAUUCUCAUUCCCGUUCACAUGAUCAUGGUCAUGAAGAUCACCAUCAUGACCAUGUUCAUCAGAGUGCUGAUCACGAGAAGACAUGUUCUGGUCAUCAUGGAGACACAAAUAAGAGCCAUCAUCAUAAUCACCGACAUGAUAGUAACAAUGCAGAGAAUCAUCAUCAACAUAACCAUAGCUGUAGCCACAAGCAUGGUCACAAUGGCCAUAUGGAACAUCACCGGCAGGGUGUAGAUCAGGCUCAUCAAGAUUGUAGCAGCAUCAACGGUGAGCAAGGACUUCUAGAGAUUCCACUGAUAAAUGUGCACUCUCAUGGUGCAGAAUCUCAGUCUUGUAAUGGAGAACUGGAAUUGCGAGAAACCGGAAACCAUGCCAAGCCGGCAAGCCGGCGUCACAUUGACCAUAACAUGGAAGGUAUCUUCUUACAUGUCCUAGCUGACACAAUGGGAAGCGCCGGUGUUGUGAUCUCAACCCUACUAAUCAAGUACAAGGGAUGGCUAAUAGCAGAUCCCAUUUGCUCUGUAUUCAUUUCAAUAAUGAUUGUGGCUUCUGUCCUUCCAUUGUUGAGAAAUUCUGCUGAAAUUUUGUUGCAAAGAGUUCCAAGGAGCCAUGAGAAGGACUUCGAAGCAGCACUGGAUGAUGUUAAGAAGAUUAAUGGUGUGAUUGGAGUCCAUAAUGUUCAUUUAUGGAACUUGACAAACACUGAUAUUGUAGGCACUUUUCAUCUUCAUAUAUCAGCUGAAGCUGACAAGUCUGUUAUAAGAGAAAGUGCUUCACGGAUAUUUCAAGAAGCUGGGGUUCAAGAUCUGACUAUCCAGAUCGAAUGUGUCGAAAGAUAGCAGUUGUUGGUAUAGCAACACUUGUCGGUAGUGUGAUAGGAUUUUGGCACAGAGCAAAUAUAUCUGUAGUGCUUAAUUCAGGAGCCAUCCUUUAUGUAUCGCUGAAAGGAAAUUGCAUUAUUAAAAUACAGGCUCCAAUCACAUGAUGAUAAGCAGUUCAAGCUUAAACAAGCAGAUUAAUGAAGAAAACAAAGAGCACAAUGCCAGCAGAAAAGAAAGGAAACCAGAGAAUAACACAAGUUCAUUACAUGACCAUAUAUAACCAGUUCAAACUUGAGCAAGCAAAUGAAUGGAGAAAGCAAAUUAAGUAGCAAUACAACGAGAAGUGAAGCCUCUAAAUUAAAGAGGUACACUGAAUAGUGCAAGCGCGGCGUUGUUGGAGCAGGGCAACAGGAACCUUAGUUCAGCUCAGAUAUAAUCCGUGUGUAUCUUCGACAUCAGUCAAGGAAUUGUGUCCAUUUCAUGCGUCCUCUCUUAUUCAUCACCUGGUGCGUGCCUACAUAAUACGGGACCUUGUUGCUUGCAUCGUGUCUUUUGGCAAGGAGUAAAUUAUCCUUUUGGAGGGAAAAAGACUGAUGAAAGCAUACAGGAUAGUAUGCAAAAGGCAUUCCCUUCAGUUCUUGAAUCAGAGUACGGCAGUGAAGAACAAGAUGCUUUUUUGGUUGAUGAAUUGGUCUAUCGAGAGGAGAGGAUAUCUGGUGAUACGGCCCAGGAUAUGCUCCCAUGCUCCAGGUUAGUUUGGGGCGUUGGAUCUGGACUGUAGGAACAAGAUUAAGCAGGCUCAUGUCCUUCUAGCAAAUAUACAAAGACACCCUUGGUAAUUUAGUAUUUCAGGGAGAAGUGCGUACCUGUCCCUUCCUUGGUUCUGUCUGUUUCUCCAUCUCACUGUUUACCAGGGCAUGCGUGGAAUCACAUCCGGCAGCUGAGCUCGAUCUGUCGGUAAGAACAUGUUUGUCUGUGCCGGUCGCAGCGGUCAGAGCUCGAUCCUCGCCCUCCAAGUACAAUGUUGCUGCCAUUGGUAGUUCUCGACCAGCCCAGAGUUUUACUCCAUGCUUGCCCACGCUCCGUUCAUCGGAAAUGCAGCACAAAUGGGGCAGGAUGAAAAUGUACCAAGGGGGCGUAUUGAAAUUGAUUGGUCAACUGAUCCUGCCCCUUCAUGCAUAUCUGACGCACCUAAAGGCCCCGUAGCAGCGUAUCACCUGAAAGGCUGGAGCACCCGAUAUUUUCUCCUAUCGAGAGGCCGCGACCAUCAGGUUCCCUCUCUUUUGGUCUUGUAAGGAAUGCUCUAUUGGGGUGUUCCCAUAGUGAUCGAUGUGAUUGAAUCUUUCAAGUCCUUUUGAUCUGCAAAAUACUGUGAAUAUUGUGGAUUGAAUAUUUUAUAUGUUAAAGCUAUUUGUUAAUACAGUAGUUUUUUCUGAAUGCGCUCCAGGUUGGUUAAUCUUGACUAUUUCCGUGCCUAUAGCUUCAGAGUUUUUUCUUUUCCCUUUUGCCUUGCACAAUUUGUAUAACGUUGUGAAGUGCCAUGAUCUGAAACUUGCCAUACGAUGUGCCAUGCAGUUUUUCUAAGGACAUGAAGUUUGACGCUGUUAACGCGAUGCAGAUGUGUGCAGACAUGCUGAGAUGGAGAAUGAGUUCAGUGUGAACAUGAUCCUUGAGGCGAUCACGCUGACCUAUAGGCUAUAACAAUGCUGCAGUUGUUGCAAUCUUUAUUAUUAUUUUUGAACCUGAGUUGUUGCAAUCUUUGCUUAACGUCUAACAUUCAACGAGUUCACUUGGACAGGGUUUUGAGUUUGACCGCCCCCUGGCGACACGAGCCUGCCCUCCUCUGCGCCGCCCCUGGUGGCGAGCCCCGCCUCUGCUGCUGAGGCUGCCGCUGCAUCACUCCCUCUCCCUGCUCAUCUUUGUGCCUGCCAGUUGGUCGAGGAGGCAGCGGUAUGAGAUGUUAUCGCUGGUCUGUUGCCAAUUUACCAUGAACCAUCCUACUAGCGUAACGUAUUUAUGCAUUUAUCCAAGGAAUACUGUACCUUCCAGAUUUUCUCAUAUAUUUGUACCAUACGUACUUAUUUUAUUGCUGUGUUGUCAAAAUAGAUGAUCAUGUCAACGCAUGAAUUCAGUAACUGAUAUAACAGCUGCGGCCUCAUAAGCACAAGUACUGGUGCUCUGUUUUCUA